UCAAAGAAACCAGCGGAUAUGACGUAAACGUUGUGCAAGUUGGUAGCUAGGUGUCGUCCGCAGUCUGCUUUGCAGCAGUUGGAUGAAUCGGUCGACGCUGACAGUCCUUGGGAUAUGACAGUGCUUUUUGUAGUAGAGAGCUAACUUUAGCUUGGUCAUUAGCUGACUGUCAGGCUUUUGGGAUUACGCCGGUCGAAAUAGAUAGAUUGCGGUGCCGGGGCGACUUUUGCGAAAAGUUGUUUCUCUUUUAUGUUAGCUUUUGUAUCUUUAUAAGAUGACAAUAUUAGCGGCGUGCUUUCAGGUAACGGGAGCUCAUUUAACUUAAGCUAGAUGGUGAGCUAGCGUGUCAUCAACUUGUGAAUAUCUAAACUUCAUCUUUGUGCGGGCCACAACAUCCAAACUGUUCAUUAUUGAGGGUCGCUAGUGGGACUGCUAGCCAUUUUGUUGUAGCCAGGUAGCAUAACAACGUGCAACAAGGAACCGGUGAAAAGGAUAGCUAGCACAGCAAAGCUAGCCGGUUUGAAUUUGUAAUAUGAAAAAGGUACAGUCUGACACAUUGGGUUUUGUUCCUCAAAAAGAUAUCGUAUACAACAAACUUUUGCCGUACGCGGAUAGGCUAGAUGAUGAAUCCAAUGACAUUUUGAGCAAAAUUAAGGGAAAUCUCGGCCGAGCUGUGCAGUUGAGAGAGAUAUGGCCCGGUGUCCUUUUUUGGACGAGGAAGCUUUCCACGUACAUGAGAUUGUACGGGCGGAAGUUCAGCAAAGAAGACCAUGUGCUGUUCAUAAAGCUCCUCUAUGAGCUAGUGACCAUCCCCAGACUGGAGAUCAGCAUGAUGCAGGGCCUGGCUCGCCUUCUUAUCAACCUUCUCAAGAAAAGAGAACUACUGUCAAGGGAGGACCUUGAGUUGCCGUGGAGACCGCUGUAUGAGUUAUAUGACAGGAUUCUGUUCUCAAAGACGGAGCAUCUGGGCCUCAACUGGUUUCCAAACUCAGUGGAAAGCGUGUUGAAAACACUUGUGAAAAGCUGCAGACCAUACUUCUCAGAGACCGCUACGCAGGAGAUGCUGGAUGAGUGGAGACCACUCCUGUGUCCCUUUGAUGUCACCAUGCAAAGAGCAAUCAGCUACUUUGAGCUCUUUUUACCAACAACUCUGCCUCCUGAGCUGCAUUGCAAGGGUUUUAAGCUGUGGUUCAACGAGCUGAUCAACCUAUGGGUGUCUGUGCAAAAUCUCCCAAGCUGGGAAGUUCACCUGGUAAAUCUCUUUGCUCGCUUGGCCAACGACAACAUUGGCUACAUUGAUUGGGACCCUUAUAUUCCCAAGAUUUUCACAAGAAUUUUGAGGAGCUUGAAUCUUCCUGUGGGAACCAGUCAGAUGAUGGUCCCGCGCUACAUUACCAAUGCUUACGACAUCGGCCAUGUGGUGCUAUGGGUUUCGUCUCUUCUGGGAGGACCUAGCAAGCAGGCUCAAGCCCAGCUCAGUGGCCUUUUUAACAGUAUCACAUCCUUCUUCCACCCAUCAAACCAUGGCCGCUGGCUGAUGAAGCUCAUGAAGCUGCUUCAACGUCUCCCGGCCAGUGUGGUUCGGCGGCUGCACCGAGAGCGCUACAGGAAGCCCUCUUGGUUAACACCAAUACCGGACAGUCACAAGCUCACAGAGGACGACAUCACAGAGUUUGUCCAGAGCAUGAUGCAGCCAGUUCUGCUGGCCAUGUUCAGCAAGACGGGCAGUCUGGACGCAGCCCAGGCCCUGCAAAACCUCGCUCUGAUGAGGCCCGAGUUGGUGAUUCCCCCUGUGCUUGAAAAGACGUACCCGGCUCUGGAGACCCUGACAGAGCCCCACCAGCUAACAGCCACUCUGAGCUGCAUGAUUGGGGUGGCACGGAGCUUAGUGUCAGGUGGAAUGCGCUUUCCUGAGGGACCUACUCACAUGCUGCCCCUGCUCAUGAGGGCCCUGCCUGGCGUGGACCCCAACGACUUCAGCAAGUGCAUGAUCACAUUUCAAUUUAUUGCUACAUUUGUGACUCUUGUGCCUUUGGUGGAUUGUUCUUCUGCACUUCAUGAAAGAACAGACUUGACAGAGGUGGAAAGGGAAUUGUGCUCUGCCUCUGCUGAGUUUGAAGACUUUGUGCUCCAGUUUAUGGACAGAUGCUUUGCCCUGAUAGAUAGCAGCACUCUGGAACAAACUCGCGAGGAAACUGAAACGGAGAAGAUGACUCAUUUGGAGAGUCUGGUUGAGCUGGGGUUGUCCUCCACUUUUAGCACCAUCCUCACACAGUGCUCCUUGGACAUAUUCAAGGUGGCUCUGGAAAAGGUUUUCAACUUUGCAACAACCAACAUCUUUGAGACGCGUGUUGCAGGGAGAAUGGUGGCCGACAUGUGUCGAGCUGCUGCCAAGUGUCACCCUGCAGAGUCUCUGAAGAUGUUUGUGCCACACUGCUGCAAUGCCAUAAACCAAAUCGCUGUCAAUGAGGAAGUGUUGAAUGAGGAAGAGCUUGACAAGGAGUUCUUGUGGAAUCUCCAGCUGCUCUCUGAGGUGUCUCGGGUGGACGGGGACAAACUCUUGCCCUACCGCUCUGAUCUGGUCCAGAUUUUGCAAUUGACACUUCACCUUAAGUGUAAGCAGGGCUACAUACUCGCUUGCAACCUGUUGCACCACAUCCUUCGCUCCACUGCCCUCAUCUACCCUACAGAGUACUGCAGUGUGCCUGGAGGCUUCCACCAACCAGUCAGUGACUACCUCCCCAUCACGGACUGGGGUCGGCCUGGAGAUUUAUGGAACUUGGAUAUCCGAUGGCACGUUCCUAGUGUUGAAGAGACCUCGUUGGCUUUUUACUUGCUGGACCUGAUCCUCCAGCCUGAACUCCAGCGCCUUCAGAGGUUUGCUAAAGGCGAGCAGGAAAUGAGCAGAGAUGAUGUCCUACAGAGUCUCACUAUUGUCCAGCACUGUCUCCUGGGAGCAGGGAGUCUGAUGCCUCCUCUGAACGGGGAGCCCAUACCUGAACUGGUUCAUAGCUUGGUGAAUCUUGAUGAGACCACUUUGUACACAGGGAUGGAAUAUGAUGAAACCAGAGAGAACUACAGAGAUGCUAUCUGUAAAGUGAUGAGGCAGCUGCUUCAUUAUAUCCUGGAGCACUCUGAAGAUGACACAAAGUCUCUCUUCUCCAUCAUUAAGAUCAUCAGCGACCUGUUGCACUUCAAAGGUUCUCACAAGCAUGAGUUUGACUCCCGCUGGAAGAGCUUCAACCUUGUGAAGAAAUCGAUGGAGAACAGACUUCACGGAAGAAAACAGCACAUCAGAGCCUUGCUAAUCGACAGAGUCAUGCUCCAGCAUGAACUGAGAAAACUGACUGUGGAAGGAUGUCAGUACAGAGGCAUUCAUCAGGAGCUGAUGAGAGAUCUGUUGAGGCUUUCGACAAGCACAUACAGUCAAGUACGCAGCAGAGCUCAGAAUGUGCUGUUCACUGCGCUGGGAACCUACAAUUUCUGCUGCAGAGAUCUGAUCCCUCAUGUCCUUGAGUUUCUCAACCCAGACAACAGCAGUGUUACUCUACAGCAGUUCAAAGGAGCUUUGUACUGCCUGCUGGGAAAUCACAGUGGAGUGUGCUUGGCUAAUCUGCAUGACUGGGAUUGCAUUGCUCUGACAUGGCCUGCCAUUGUGCGCUCUGGCCUCAGCUCAGCCAUGUCUCUAGAGAAGCCCUCCAUUGUGCGACUCUUUGAUGACCUUGCAGAUAAAAUCCAUCAAAUGUGCCUUUCUUUAAAGAUCCCUGAUGAUUGUUGUGCUGUGGCGAACCAGCUAAUGACUGCGGGAGGUCCUUUUCCUGAGCAACCUGUGCCCUCUGACGAAGAGGCCAAAGAAGGUCUAAGGAGGCAAAAGCUAAAGAACUCUGAGUCUGUUGAGAAAUACAGACAACUGAUUGGGGAUCUUCUGGACUGCCUGAGUAACAGAAACAUGCCUUGGAAGUUUGAACAUAUUUCUAUCGGCUUCAUGUCUUUGCUGUUGCGAGAUGACCACCAGCUCCCACCUCCUGCUGUCACAUUCUUUGUGAAAAGCCUCAACCACGACUCUCUCUAUGUGCGCAAGGUGGCGAUAUCAGCUGUGGCUGGGAUCAUGAAACAAAUUAAAAGACCACAUAAGAAAGUCCCCAUCAGCCCCUCAAAGCUCUGUGGGGUAAUGGAGCCAAAUAAUCCAGUAGCAGGAGACCGCUCAGACAACCAGUGGCUCCAGUACAACAGCAGCAACCUGCCACAAACACAGCAAGACUGGGACGGUUGUGUGUUCAUUGAAAAGACUCACUGGGGAUACUACUGCUGGCCAAGAAAAAUGAUGAUGUAUGCACCUCAGGAGGAGCAGCCUAAUCAAAAUCUGAGCAGAGAGGAAAUGACAGAGCGGGAACAGAUCAUCUUUGACCAUUUCUCAGACCCGCUAUUCAUCAACCAGUUCGUUGAGUUUCUGUCCCUAGAAGACCGUAAGGGAAAAGACAAGUUCAGCCCCCGUCGGUUCUGUUUGUUCAAGGGAUUGUUUCGUAAUUUUGGUGACGCCUUCCUGCCUCUGUUGCGUCCCCACAUGGAGCGCCUUGUGACCGACUCACAUGAGAGCAAACAGCGCUGUGUGGCAGAGAUCAUCUCCGGCCUGAUCAGAGGCUGCAAGCACUGGAGCUUCGCAAAGGUUGAGCAGCUGUGGAAGCUGUUGUGUCCUUUGCUCCGCACGGCCCUGUCAAACAUCACAAUAGAGACUUACGCAGAUUGGGGCACCUGCAUCGCCACAGCCUGUGAGAGCAGAGACCCACGCAAGCUUCACUGGCUCUUUGAGAUGUUGAUGGAGUCUCCCGUUAACGGAGAGGGAGGUUCUUUUGUCGAUGCUUGUCGCCUGUACGUGCUGCAGGGAGGUCUGGCCCAGCAGGAGUGGCGUGUUCCAGAGCUUCUGCACAGGUUGCUGCAAUACCUCGAGCCCAAACUCACACAGGUGUACAAGAAUGUACGGGAAAGAAUCGGCAGCGUGCUUACGUAUAUCUUUAUGAUCGACGUCAACUUGCCUUUAACUCAGCCAACCACAUCGCCACGCAUCUCAGACUUCACAGAGAGAAUUCUGCUGCUGCUGAAGCCCUUAACGGAGGGGGAUGAGGAAAUCCAGAAUCACGUGAUUGAGGAGAAUGAGGUGGGGGUGCAGGAUGAGAGGACGCAAGCAAUCAAGUUACUCAAAACAGUGCUCAAGUGGCUGAUUGCAAGUGCUGGUCGCUCUUUCACCACCGCUGUCCCAGAGCAGCUGCGUCUGCUUCCCCUGCUCUUCAAGAUCGCUCCAGUUGAAAACGACGACAGUUACGAUGAACUUAAGAGGGAUGCAAAGACGUGUCUGUCUCUGAUGUCUCAGGGACUCCUCUACCCUGAUCAGAUCCCGAUGGUGCUCACUGUCCUGAAAGAGAUUGCUGGGAGCAGCUCUUGGCAUGCCAGAUACACGGUGCUCACAUACCUCCAGAUCAUGGUUUUUUACAACCUGUUCACAUACAUGAGUGACCCCAAAGCGGUGAAUGAUGUGCGUGCUCUGGUGAUCAGCCUCCUGGAGGACGAGCAACUUGAGGUACGAGAAAUGGCUGCCACUACUCUCAGUGGCUUCCUUCAGUGUAAUUUCCUGUCCAUGGAUGGCCCCAUGCAGUCACAUUUUGAAGCUCUCUGCAAAACCCGCUUGCCAAAGAAGAGAAAAAGGGAGCUUGGCUCUGCAGUGGACACCAUACCUUCUGCUGGUAAGGAACUGUUGGUCCCCCGUUCAGGACUCAGCUACUCAAACAUCAGCGACGAUGAACUCAUUGUGUUCUUUGCUUCUUCUUUCCUGGUGUUUGUAGACCUGGUGCGUCGCCAUGCAGGUGUGCUGGGCCUGAGUGCGUGCAUUCUGUCUAGCCCAUAUGAUGUUCCCACCUGGAUGCCUCAGCUGUUGAUGGAUUUAAGUGCUCAUCUCAAUGACACACAACCCAUAGAGAUGACUGUAAAGAAAACUCUGUCAAACUUCCGCCGAACUCACCACGACAACUGGCAGCAACAUAAGCAGCAGUUCACAGAUGAUCAGCUGCUGGUCCUCACAGACCUGCUGGUGUCCCCCUGUUACUAUGCCUGAAACCCGUUUAGGACACGCCUAAACUACACAGACACCAGCUCUUGUUGGGGAGGAGAUCCCCCAGUUCCUGACUAAUAAGAACACAAGAUCCUCCCCAACCUGGAGGAUGUGGAACACAAAGGAACUGCACUGUGGCCCUCACACAGAUCAAAAUGUUGUGUAUUUAUGUGUCUAGCUCAUUUACAUUUCUACUAUACUUAAUAUUUAAGGAUCAAUCAUGGCAGGUUGGAAUGACCUGCAGUUUGUAACAUUACUGUACAGAUUUCUUUCUUUUUCUUUGAUUCUUUCUUUCUGUCUUUCUUUCUUUCUUUCUUUCCUUCUUUCUUUGUGGCUUGUGUGUGUGCAUGAACACGGGUUUGUGUGUGUGCGUGUUUAUGGGAUGCUUGAUGACAUCUGCCGGUGUCCCACACAUUUCUCAGGAUUAUAUCUGAAGUACCCGCUCUGAGCCAACAGUGUCCAGUGCAGGACAUUCUAUUUAGUAUCUUCCACAAGCGAAGCGUUUGCUACAAGCCACAGAGUAUCGACCAUUAAACUAUGGUCUCCUUAGGUUAGACCGAAAUUUGAAACACACAAUGCUUGUGUGGCUGUUUGUUCUAUAUGUGAUUAUAUGCAUCAUGUAUGUGUAUAUCAUGGUAUAGCAAAUAUGCACAAACUCAUUUAUUUAUUUGCUACGUUGAAGUGCUGAAGUGUGUGUUUUGUUUGGCUUUUUCAUAGUGUAUACCUGAGAUUAUGUAGAUGGCUGAGCUGUUAGGAAUGGAGCCUAUUUUCAUCUUUCUUGCAAAGAAAGGGAGAGCCAAAGCUCCCCGCUGCUGUGCUGUGCGUUUGUUGUGUGGACUGGAGCACAGUUGGAUUCCCAUGUUAUGCAUCUCAAUGCACGUGAAAAGCCAAAUUGCCUGUCCGGAAUUGUGACCUCUCCCCUCUUACCACAGAUUUCAUUUGACAUGUUCUGAGGACCCAGUGAGGUGACAUUACUUUGGUAGAUGUCUGUUUGCCCCUGAUGACUUGAAAUCAGUCUAAGCAUUUAGUUACCUCACUUACAAAUAGUGUAGUGCCAAAACUGCAGUGUUUUUUUUCUUCCUCUAUUUUUAGAUAUUCUGUUUGAACAUAAGAAAUGACAAUAAAUUGUUUGUAACAAAA